UGAUCAGAAAUUGCCACGGCGAAAACAUUAAAUUGGCAUAAAAGAACUAUUUCGAAAAGUUACAAUAUCUCUGUGAAUUAUUCUCAAAUCCUGGCUGACAAACUUCAGACAAAGGCCUUUUAUCCACAGCAAAAACAGCACUCCAAUCAGAUAUGCAAGCCGAACAUAAUCUUGACGAGCACGCCCAAUGGAAGCAAAUCCAACAGAACACCUUUACUCGCUGGAGCAAUGAGCAUCUGAAGAGCAUCGGUAGUUCCAUAGAUAAUUUGGAAACGGAUCUGUCCGAUGGCCUGCGUCUGAUUGGCCUCAUCGAGGUGCUGUCGCAGAAGCAACUGCCUCCACACAAUAAACGAACCACAUUCCGUAGCCAGAAAUUGGAGAACGUAUCGAUUGCACUGCAAUUUCUGCAGGAUGAGGGCAUUAAAAUUGUUAACAUCGGUAACUUAUCCAUGACUAGACCUCAGUCCAGUUCCAGUUCCUCAACAAUCCAAUUUCCAUUCACAGACUCUUCGGAUAUAGUCGAUGGCAAGCUGAAGCUUAUAUUGGGCCUUAUAUGGACGCUCAUUCUGCACUACUCGAUAUCGAUGCCCGUGUGGGAGGGCGAUGAGGAGAAGCCAUCGACGGAAACGGGUCAAACGCCCAAGCAACGCCUGCUGGCUUGGAUACAAAUCAAGAUACCCGGCAUGCCCAUCAAUAAUUUCACCAAAGACUGGACCACGGGCAAGCCGGUGGGCGCUUUGGUGGAUGCCAGCGCCCCUGGCCUGUGCCCCGACUGGGAACUCUGGGAUCCCGAUAAUUCCGUGCAGAAUGCCACCGAGGCUAUGCAACUGGCUGACGAUUGGCUGGAUGUGCGCCAGCUGAUCAGGCCGGAGGAACUAGUUGAUCCCAAUGUGGAUGAGCAAUCCGUGAUGACAUACUUGGCCCAAUAUCCCAAUUGCAAGCUAAAGGAUGGCGCCCCAUUGCGCCCCAAAUCGGAUCCCAAUAGCAUUCCUAUCGUUGAACCCGUGACACCUGUGAUUGAUCCUGAACCCGUGAUCCCGGUAGUGGAGUCUCCUGUCGUUGAAAUUGUGCCCGCUGAGGUUUAUCCUGGCAUUGAAUCUGUUCCCGCCGAAGUUUAUCCUGGUUUUGAAUCUGUACCAGCUGAGGUUUAUCCCGGCAUUGAAUCUGUACCCGCUGAGGUUCAUCCUGGCAGUGAAGUAGAGCCUCCGCAGUUUUAUCCCAGCAUUAGACCCAAUGCUCCUUUGGUUGGUGAAUCUGCCAUAGUAACUCUUGAUACGUUUGCCAUACCAGAGGCAAAUUAUGUCACGGAAAUCGGAAAGCUUUACGAGGGUGUUAGUUAUUUGUUUACUGGGCAAAUUUUACCGGAGGCACACGGAUUCGCCAUAAACUUCGUGUAUGACAGUCAGACUCGUGAUGUGGCUCUGCAUAUCAAUCCACGAUUCGGCAAGCAAUAUGUGGUGCGGAACACCAGAAUACGUGGCACAUGGGGCCGUGAGGAAACCCACUCCGUGAUACCUUUCCCUUUCCGGCAGGGCGAAAGGUUCGCCGUUCAAGUGCUCGUCACACAGAACUGUUACUUGAUAUCGUUAAAUGGCCAUCACGUGGAUCAUUACAUGCAUCGUCAUCCUUACGGCACAGUUCGUUUCCUUGACGUCGAAGGCGACGUGGAGGAUGUGCUCAUACAUCGUUCCGAGGUUCGGGGCUAUCCACAUCGUUUUCUCGAAUUGGCGCCUCCACCACACGUACAGUAUGAUAUACAGCCCAUGCUUUACUUUGCCGAUGAUGUGGCUGAAGUGGGACCACUGUGCGAGGCAGAUAGUUUUCUCUUCAGCGGCCGGAUCGAUGCCAGGAGUCAGGAACUCGAGAUUAGCUUCCUAUAUGCGAAUGAAACAAGGGAUGUUCCGUUGCACAUCAAGUUCCACUUUAAAAAAAAUCAUCUAAUACGUAAUAGCAGAGCACGCAAAUCGUGGAACCGAGAAGAGAUUUCCAGCCCAAUACCCGUGCACCGAGGUGAACGAUUUGCCGUCCAAGUGCUCGUGACAAGCGACUGUUAUCUGAUAGCGAUAAAUGGUCAACACUACGCCCAGUAUGUCCAUCGCAUGCCCUUUGAUGCGGUUGCCCUCAUCGAGGUCAAGGGAGGUGUGCAGGAUGUUCAGAUGCAUCGCAAUACGGUGCGGGACUAUCCACAGGGCACACUACAAAGACAACUCUUGUGAACAUUUUAAUUUAUAGUAUAAAGGCAUAGUCUCACAGUUUAAAUUUAAUAGGUGGAUUUUUUUAAAAUACAAUUUCUAUUUAAUUUAAUUGUAAAAAAGUAAUAAAAUUGAGUAUAUUUAUACAGAUUUUAAAGUAAA